AUGAGUGCGCCCGAGUCGUACCAGCUCGAGUCCCUCGCCUCGGAGGCCGACGGCGUCAAGCCCGCAUCACCAACAGCCUCCAUCGACCCGGCCAACGUGCGGUGGAUGAACCAGGGCGGCCGGAGAUGGGAGGUCUGCAAGAUCGUGACCCGUCUGAUUGGGACGCUCCUUUGCGGCAUCAUCCUGAUCCUCAUGAUGGCGUGGUACGGAUACCCAUCGUGGGGUACUUAUAAUGUCUGGCCUUGGCUGUGUUUGCCAGGAGCUUUGCCGUCAUUCAUGUGGGAUCUGGGCGAGUUCCUCACCAUCUGCGCGCGCCACGGACGCGGCAUCACGCCAAAGGCGCACAUUGGCCUGGAACUCGUCAUCUCCAUCCUUGCAUACAUUGGCGGAGGCUGGCUGGCGUAUCAGCUCGGCGUGCAGGAAGACAAUCAGAUAGGACACUGGCCACUCAACCUCGCCCUCACCGAAUGCAUCUUCAUGCUCUUCAGCGCGACGAUCCACCUAUCACUCUUCAUCCGCGCCUGUGUCGAACGCAGCCGCGAGAUCCGCCGGCGUAGACCGCGCGUAAUGUACAUACCGGAAACAGGACAGACAGUCUACGUCGUCGCCAAACCCUUCCCCAAACUGCCAUCAUGGAAAUCACAAACAGCACGCGCGCAGUCCUUCCCUCGAUCACCGCAGAGCCCCGUCAACAGCUCCUUACGGCACCCCUUUCAGCAACUGCAAGAAGAGAUGCCACCACUCUUACCCGACCGCCCAGGUGACCCGACGCCCACCUCCGCCACGUUCAUCAAGCGCAAACCCCUCCCGGCGGGUCUGCCCGCGCGCACGGUACUGCCAGGCGACCGGAGCCGACAGCUCCGGCUCAACAUGCGUCCGCCGCCGGCGGAUUACGAGCCUUCUGUGGACGAGCUGGAGAGGAUGAGGAGGGGCGACGCGCAGCCUCAGCUUAUUCUGCCGGGGGACGUGGACAUUAAGUUCGCGACGAGCGUGACGGGGAUGACGCCUGCGGAUGCGAGCGCGAGGGAGGGGAAGUAUAGGGUGAAUAUGACGCAGAUGCCGGUGAUACUGGGAGAAUCGUCGAGGAACGGCGGUGGAGGCAGAACGCGAUCUCUCUAG